UUUUAUAUAUAUAAAAUAAUAAUAAUAAUAAUAAUAAUAAUAAUAAUAAUAAUAAAUAGUUUGUUAGAUUUCGUGGGAAAGUAUUUCUAGAGACGUCAACAACAAGGAAUUAUUCACAUGCAGCUUAUUUAACCUUGAAGAGGUGACAAACAAACGCCUGUAAUCCUCUUAGAGAUCUGGAAAAUAAAGAGUGGAAAAUAUCCUGAACUCUACUUAAAGGGACGAUGGAAAGUCUCCUUGAGGGAAAUCACAUGAAGAGCGGUAAGUCGAGUCCCUCAGAUGGCCCAGACAGUUCCCAGUCUUCUCCGUGAGACAACUUUAAUUGACACUGACAUGAUGGUUUACAAGUCAGAAUCGUUAAGUCUAACCCAGAUGAGCCUCUCUUUACUGAAUGAUACACCUGACAUUGGUUUUAGCAGCAUGUUGGGAAUAUGUGAGUGCGGCAGCUCCAACACAUGAUCAGUAAAGUUCAAAUCUGCUGCGGGUCUGAUGGUGGCACGGCGAGGAUAAUUCUCAACACACGGAUAGCCCUCUUGACCCCGAGUAAAUAUGUUUAUUGUUCAAAUUCCUCACGGGGGAAAGGAGGGUUUGGUCAUCAGCUCUCCUCGGGAUUAUACACAACAAGCCUACGCGCCGGUAUAAAUACCCACGCUGCGCCAUUCUCAGCUCACACACUCAGACGGUCCCGUUACGCACGAACUAGGCUCGUGUUAAAAGUUAGAAAGGCUCUCGUUAAAGGAGACAUCCCCAAGAGGUCGGAUAAUACGAUUUCAGAGCAGAAUCUUCUCAUUUAGUCUUGACAUUUCUUGUGGGACUAUGUCAGUGAUGAGCGCAGUGCCGUUCUUGAAGCCGCUCCACAUGCGCUCUCCGGUGCCGCAGGGCCGCCGCCACACGCUGCCCGCCAGCGAGUUCCGCUCCCUCAGCCCGGAGGAUGCAAUCAGCGUGUUCGAGAUCGAGAGAGAGGCCUUCAUCUCUGUGUCCGGUGAGUGUCCUCUUCACCUGGACGAGGUGCGUCACUUCCUCAACCUGUGUCCUGAGCUGUCUCUUGGCUGGUUCGAGGAGGGACGGCUGGUGGCCUUCAUCAUUGGCUCACUGUGGGACCAGGAGAGGCUUACCACGGACGCCCUAACUCUCCAUAAGCCUCUUGGCACCACCGUCCACAUCCACGUCCUGGCUGUCCACCGGACCUUCCGCCAGCAGGGGAAAGGCUCCAUCCUAAUGUGGCGCUACCUGCAGUACCUCCGCUGCCUGCCCUACGUCCGCCGCGCCGUGCUCAUGUGCGAGGACUUCCUGGUGCCCUUCUACCAGAAGUCAGGCUUCAAGCUGCAGGGCCCCAGCGAGAUCACAGUGGGGCCUCUUGCUUUCACUGAGAUGUUCUACCUGGUCAGGGGCCACGCCUUCAUGCGUCGUAACAGCGGCUGUUGAAGACAGACAGACGUUGAUGUGGAUUUUACCUGGCUGUCAGCAGUGGUGGGAUCUUUCCUCUGGAAACAGGAACGCUGUGCUGUGUGUGGGCAACCAUUGUGGGGUUUGUAUUCAAACUUGGUCAGCAGGCAGUGAGACGGGAAGUCUGACCGUGAGCCUGCAGAGGGCCAGUAAGAGAGCCAAAGAGCUGCCCUCAGCUGCUGGGAGAAGAUGUUUGAAACUAAAAGGAGAAUUGUUUUUAGUGUCAGUAACAUGAAAGUGUUAUACAAAGCACUGUUUUUGUAUAAAAUUAUUUAGAUUUGUAAUAAAUGCUGGACAUUUAUUCAUAAUACAGAAUACAAGGCAGAUGUCUUGUUCCUUCCUUAUGUGUUGUUUAAGUCUGACAUGAAACUCUGUGAAGCCAUUUAGGUAAUAAUUAGUCAAUAAAACCAAUAUCAAUAUAUGAAUAUUUUUAUAGUAUUUUAUACCAGCUUUAGAUGUAAGUUUUUUGUAGUUUUGUUGCAGUAAUAUGCCAAAUUAUUACCAAAUAAGGUAACUUUCAGUAACUAUGAACUAAACUACUAAGGAGGGAUAUGGGUAUGGGUCUCCUCUCACACUCACCCCUGUAGACAGACACCACCUUUGCCUCCUAAAGUCUUGAAUCAAGGCGAAUACAUUUUUUUUAUUCAACUGUUUUGUUGUUGAUUGUUGUUGUUUGUCUUCAAGUAAUAAAAGUCAUAUUUUCAAACUUG